CAGCUGGAGAUGUUUUAACAUCAGUAUGGGAAAAUACAAUUAUAGAUAGUUACCUGGUUCUUGUCAAGUAUAUAGAUCUUUCUGAAAAAUAUCACUAUCCAAAUAAGAAGUUGGCACUUUGGAUAGAGAAACAUGUAAUGACUUGUCGUUACAUGACUCAAGUUACAAAGUGUGAUGAUCAAAGCUGUUGCAAACCAUUUCGAACAAACAUAAAUGCAUCUGAUGAUACAAUUCAUUAUUUCGGUUUUCUCUUAUCUGUGUUAAUGGAAGGAAAGUUAAUUCCUCCAAAUAUGAAUUUACGGCGUUUUCCUUUUAAUUGGUACUGCCCAACUAUCAAUAAAUCGAUUAAUGAAUAUAUAUGUCCCUAUUGUAAUAAGUAUUUUGCUUUAAAAAAAACUUUGAAUUACUAUACGCGAAAAUAUUCGUAUAAGGAAUCUAACUUAUCUGUAGAACCUUCUUUGGAUGUUCAAGAUUUCCAAGUAGACACUAAUGCGUCUAUUCACAACUAUCGACAUGGUGAAGUCUUGGUUAGUAACCAAAGUAAGGACGCUAUGUGGGUGGAAAAAGAAACA